AUGGCCAACCUAUGCAGAUCCACGAACUUCAACCUUCCCUCUGGGUUCCUUCAACCUUCCUUGAGGCUCAGCCACAAGUACACCGAUCAGAUGCGCGAGGCGAACACCCAAGCCGUGCUGGGGUUGAAGAAGCUCCACUUGAUCCUCGACUUGGACCACACCCUCCUCCACACCGUCCGGUUCUCCUAUCUCACCCCCGAGGAGAAGAAGAAACUCAAGGCCGAGGCCAAGCGGAACAUGGAAGGUGGUGGUCCUGCAGGAAGCAGCGACAUCUUCUUGGACAGUACCAGCGAGGGUUUUUUCAUCACUAAACUGAGGCCGUUCGUGCGGGAGUUCUUGAGAGAGGCCGACAAGAUGUUCGAGUUGACGGUCUACACGAUGGGACGCCGUGCGUAUUUGUCCAUGAAGACCAAGCUGCUGGACCCCGAUGGGCAAUACUUUGGCAAUCGACUCAUUGCGCGGGAGGACUGCACGCUCAAAGGCGGCAAGAGCCUCGACGUGGUCCUGGCCAAAGAAUCCAACGUCCUGAUCCUGGACGACACCGUGGUCGUGUGGCCGGAUCACGCCGAGAACCUGAUACCGGUUGAGCCGUUUUACUACUUCUCUCACGGGAGCCAGAAGCGGGGCGUGCAGCCCAGCAUCAUUCACAACAAGGGCGAGCACGAGGGCGGGUUGGUGACAGCUCUUCGGGUUCUCAAGGAAAUCCACGAGCGUUACUUCAACUCAGAAUUAGGGCUCAAGGGCGAAGGGGACGUGCGCGAGUUGGUGCAACGGGUCCAGAGCGGAGUCCGCGAAAGGUAUGGCGAUCAAGCUGCUCCUCCUGAAGAUGCACCGUAG